AUGGCGGCUACAUUUCAAUCUUCCAACCCGUCGUUUGGCUGGGGUUGCAUCUCACAACCUGUCGAUUCCUUUCCGGAAACCUUCGAGGACGGCGGUACUUGUGAUGAUCUUGAGACGGUCCAGAUCUUCCCGUCGUCGGCUCUCUACCAACCGAUCAUCAUUCCAGGCAUGUUACCACAAGCAUUUCAGACUCAGCAGGGCCAGCAGAGCUCUGGGUCUGAGGUUGACGACCAUUCUGCAACCAGUUCCUUUCUUUCAGGCGGGACACAAUGCCUUCCGGAUCAGUGGGAACUCUACACCGAGGGUCAUGAGCUUUGGACGGCAGCAGACGACCUUGAAAGCGCAUUUACGGUUCCACCUUUCGGAAAUCCCGAAUAUGACAGCAACUUGGAUGACUGGUCUCCCUCCUCGUACGGAUCGCCUUUGACGAUGGAAUCUCGCCUCUCCCUGGAAGCCGAUAGUCCGAUCGAUCCUAAUUACGACGAUCCACUCUUUGCGACUUCUCUAAGCCAGGCCGUGGCUAGUGGAGCGGACGUACCACAUGUCGACUUCAAGGAAGAGCACGAUGAACAUCAGCCGGCCCUAAUGAAUCAGGAGGCUGUUCUUCCAGAAUUGUCGGCCUCGAUGGGUCGAAGAAGCCCCGAUAGUGAGACUUGGGAUUAUACAGCCAAUUCGGAAUGGGAAUUCCCUGGUUGGGAUCGUUCCACCGCAUCUCAGGACGAAAGUCGAGAGAGGGGUCAGAAGCAUAAGCAGAAUCAAUUCCUCGUCCAAUCUCGCAGAGCCGGGAUGCCAUACAGUGAAAUCAAGAAGAGGGGCAAGUUCUCGGAGGCGGAGUCGACGUUGAGAGGACGCUUCAGGAUCCUUACAAAGGAAAAGAGUCAAAGGGUCCGGAGGCCAGCGUGGAAGGAUGUUGACAUCCAAUUACUGCGCACCGCGAUUGGCAUCCACACGAAGUCAAGUCCCGAUCGGGUGAAGGUCAACGCCUCGAAAAUCCCGUGGAAGAAGGUGUCGCAGUACAUUGCAGAGCACGGUGGGAGCUAUCGAUUCGGGUACGCAACCUGUAAGAAAAAGUGGUUGGCGAUGCAGUUGCACAAGUUGGGUGAGCGAUAAUGGCCAUAUCAUGGCACUAGAACGAGCUCAUUAGCAUUUUCAUGUCCUUCGGAUUU